AUAGCCACGAGGCUCAGGGAAGGACGAGAAGCCAUAAGUGGUGUUCUCCCUCUGCCAGUGCAGUGCCCUGAGACAGUGCAGCGAAGCCCACACCGAGCCAAGGGACACCAGAGCUGUUGUGCAGUGCUGAGCAUCCAGCCCUGCUCCCAGCUGGUCUCCAGCCCUACACAGACUGCUUCCCAUAAACCAGGUCCCAAUGGCAGCUCUGGGGAUGUCCUCACUCUCCUGGGUCAUGCUGGCCUUGAUGGGAUGGCAGGUGACAGCCGAUUCUCAUCAGGACAAGAGAUGAGGGAAAACAGCUCUAAAAUCAUUCCAGUUUAAAUUAAGGCAGAACUUGUUUACCAGGAUUUACAUCAGUCCCAAGCAGUGUGAGCAUCCAGCAUGUUUGUGGGGGAGGGGAGAGCUGGAUUAAACCCACAGCAACCCGUGUCACCAGCAAGCACAGUAUAAAUAUAGCUGCAUCGAAACAUGCCUUGAGCUCCAGCAACCUGCUCCUGCAGCUCCCGCUGCUUGGAGGGUGGCUGAGUCCCUUCUCCACCCUCCUGCAUAGACCAGCAGAGGUGAAUCGGGAUGCUGCAGGCACAGCUGUGGCCUUGCACCAGUUCUGACAACGGGCCCCCAUUGGCAUCCUCUCCCCAGAAAACAACAGUGGGCAAAGGGCUGGCAAGAAAACGGGCACUAGAAUGUUUCUGGAAAGUGUGAGAUGAAAGAGGGGGAGAUCUUCAAAAUAGGGAAAUGCUGGAAGGCACAUUUGUUCUAAUGAGAUUCCCUCAGGUCAUCCCAGUUCGUUGACUCUGCUGCCAAGUGCCAUCAGCUCCACGUCCCAACCCAUUCCACCCCAAACCCACCCAACCCAGCCUGCAGGGAGCAGCUCACCCGUCUGUGGCCCCCUGCACUGAGCCUGACUUUGCUGCUGGUUCCCCCCAGGUCCCUUCGGCGCCAGCACCAUGCAUUGGGCCACCAUCCUGCUUGUUGCCGGGCUCUGCGGAGCCUCCCUGGGCCAGUACAAUGAGGAGGAGGAUCUGGCGUGGCUGCAGUACUACAUGCGGCAGUCCCGGAUGUCCUCCUACAAUUACAUGCCCUACUACGAGGAUGAGAACAGCCCCUACGUUUAUUCUUACCUCCCGGCCCCGGACACUGAGGCAGAGCCCGUCCCUGAAGCUCAGCAGGCCUCAUCCUGGCAAUGUCCCCAGGAGUGUGACUGUCCCCCCAACUUCUCAUCAGCCAUGUACUGCGACACGCGCAACCUGAGGUAUCUGCCCUUUGUCCCCACACGGAUGAAGUACGUCUACUUCCAGAACAACCAAAUCACCGCCAUCCAGGAGGGAGCUUUCGACAACGCCACUGAGCUGGAGUGGCUCGCACUGCACAACAACCAGAUCAGCAGCGAGAAGAUGGGCAAGAGGGUCUUUGCCAAGCUGAAAAACCUGGAGCGCUUGUACAUGAACAACAACAACUUGACCAAGAUGCCCAGCCCCUUGCCCCGGUCCCUGAGGGAGCUCCACUUGUCUUACAAUCAGAUCUCCAAGGUCCCCUCCAAUGCUCUGGAGGGUCUGGAGAACCUCACUGCCCUGUACCUCAGCCACAACUACAUUUUUGAGAUGGGAGCAUCCCUCAAAGGGCUCAAGUCCUUGAUCCUCGCUGAUCUGAGCUAUAACCACCUUAGGAAAGUCCCUGAUGGGCUCCCGAUAGCUCUGGAACAGCUUUACUUAGAGUACAACUACAUCAACACGAUCCCUGAUGACUAUUUCAAGGUGUCUCCCAAGCUGCUCUAUGUAAGGAUGUCCCACAACAGCUUGACAAACCAAGGGCUUUCUACCAACACUUUCAACAGCAGCAGCAUCCUCGAACUGGACCUCUCCUACAACCGGCUCCAGAAGAUCCCCCGGGUCAGCACCAACCUGGAGAACCUCUACCUUCAAGGGAACCAAAUCAAUGAAUUCUCCAUCAGCAGUUUCUGCUCCGUCGUGGAUGUGAUGAACUACUCCCGGCUCCAGGUGCUGCGGUUGGAUGGGAAUGAGAUCAAGCGCAACGCGAUGCCCCCCGACGCCCCCCUGUGCCUGCGGCGUGCCACCGUCAUCGAGAUCUAGCCUGCUGCCAGCCCUGCUCCUCAGGACUCUGCUCCCUCCUUCCCGGGGAGACACUCACUCCUAUUUUAAUGCAGCUUGACAGUUUGACUUGGCUUCUGCAAUAGUGCAAUAAGGGUGCUCCAAUGCCAGCCCACGCAAGGGGGCAGGAUCUGCUCAUCCCUAAAUCCCCACCGUCUCUCCGGCCUCACAGAUCCCACGUAGCCGUGCCCGGUCCGUGCAGGAGGCAGUGGGGAAGGAGAGGAGCUCAUCCCAUCUCCGAAAUGUGGUGCUGAGCAUUCGGCUCCGGAUGUGGGUCCUGCAGAAUCACCCUGGUGGCUCCCCCUAGGCAAGGGUUUGGUGAUCGCUUGGAGCUCAACAGGUAAAGGGUUACAGAUUUCCCAACCACCAGCAUUCCUCUCUCUAGGAUGGGAAUAAGCAAAUCUUUAUCUCUACUUCCCCACAUUUCCCUGAAGCUUCCUGCUCCAAACAUCAAGCCAAGAGGAAAGAAAUCUUUCCUGCUGCUGCCCAGCAGCCUCCAGCUGCUGAGGUCAGAGAGAAACUCCUUGAGGAGCAGCCAUGGCCAGAGGGACCCUCACACCUCCCCAGGUUUUGGGACAGGACUGGGGCCGAGAGACGGGCACAUUGCAGUGCCGUCACCCCACAGAGCUCCGGGUCCAUGCCAGGAGCAGCCCUCUGUCCCUGCUGUCCCUGCCCAGGCACCAGGUGCUGCUGUGAGAGCAACUGGGCCACAUUCUGGGUCUGCGCACAGCCGUGCCCUCCCACCCCAUUGCUGUGUGCCACUCAGCUGCAGCUGCCCCAGCUUAGGGAGAGCAGCCCCACAACAGGUGAGAUUUCGAACCAGGUGGGAUCCACCUGGCUUUAACAGGGGAGGGUUUCCUGGUGCCUGACUCCUGUACUCACCCAUGCUGCAGGAUCUGCCCUACUCGUACCACUCCUCCACCUGUUGGCACAGCUCUGGACUUCCCACCCAGGGAACUGGGCUCUCCCAUUAAGAAUAAACGAUGCAGCAGUAAUGUCUGCAUGGGCAGCACAUCUCGAUUUACAGAGAGCUGAAACACCCACUUCGUUCCUUGGACAGGCUUACUGAGAACCAAAGGGGCAGCUGAGCUUUGAAGAUGACCUGCAAAGCCAAAGAGGUCAUCCAGACCCUCUGCAUUUAAACUGCAUGCUAACAUUAUAGAAACAAACAAACAAAAAAAAAAAAAAAACAAAAAAACAAAAAAAAAAACCUGCACUAUCACCGGCGCAUGAACUGUAGAUGUCAUAGCGACGAAUAAAGCCCUUUCUGUAACUGCACAAAAUGUGUCUGAGGAAUCCCAGCGCCACGUGGAGCCGCUCGCAGCUCAGACCCUGUGAUAACGCUGCGCUGUGCAUCCGCCGUCUGGUGGCUGCUGCAGGCACUGCGCUGCACUGCGGGGUUCGUAGAAUCUUGGAGUGUUGGAGUUGGAAGGGAUCCCUCAAGGCCAUCCGGUCCCACGCUCUGCAGUGCACAGGGGCACCCACAGCUCCGUGCUCACAGCCCCAUCCCUGCCCUUGGGGGUGUCUGGGAUGGGACAUCACCACCUCUCUGGGCAGCCUGUGCAGUGCCUCACUGCCCUGACUGCAAAACACUUUGUUCCUAUAUCCAACCUAAACCUCCCCUCUUUCAGUUUGAAACCAUUUGCCCUUGACCUGUCACACAGACCCUGCUAUAUAGAGUCUGACCCCUCUUUCCUACAGCCCCUUUAGAAACUGAAGGCCGCUCUCAGAUCUCCCCACAGCCUUCUCUUCUCCAUGCUGCACAGCCCCAGCUCUCAGCCUGUCUUGCAGGGCAGCGUCCCAUCCCUGGGAUCACUUCUGUGGCCCUCCUCUGGAUGUGCUCCAACAGCUCCACGUCCCUCCUGUGCUGAGGACUCCCCAUCU